ACAUGAAUACCCUCAGCGCCGCCAGUGCCUCCAAGUCAAGAACCGAUUCAGAAAAUGCAACUUCAGGUAAAAAAAUAUAAGUGGCCAAACUGAAACAUCCAUUCUUCGCCUAGCUAGCUGCCAACCCCGCCGCAUCAAUCCCCCACCGCCUGCGCGCAUCACCGCGCACCCUCGCCGUCGGUAUGGACGAUGAGAGGACGGAGGCGUGGUGGGCCCGCCGCGCGUGGGCGCUGCUGUCGGCCGUCCGCGAGCGGUCACCGCUGGUGCAGCGCAUCACCAACCUCGUCUCCAUGGACAUCGCCGCCAACGCGCUCACCGCCGCCGGCGCCUCCCCGGCCAUGCUCCACUGCCUCCGCGAGAUCCCCGAUUUCACCCCGCGCUGCGACGCAGUCUACAUCAACGUCGGCACACUCUCGGAGGACUGGCUCCCCUCCAUGCGCGCCGCCGCCUCCGCCGGCCGCCCCUGGGUGCUCGACCCCGUCGCGGCCGCCGCCUCCGGCUUCCGGAUGGAGUCCUGCCUCGAGCUCCUCGUGCUCCGCCCCGCCGUCGUCAGGGGCAACGCGUCGGAGAUCCUCGCCCUCGCCGUCGGAAACCCUAGCCCGCCCCAACUGCAGGGCGUGGACAGUUCACAUGACUCAGGGGAGGCCCUGCAAGCCGCGAAAGUGUUGGCACAGUCCAGCGGGGCAGUCAUUGCGGUAUCUGGAGCACUUGAUUUCAUCACGGAUGGUGAGCAGGUCAUCAGUGCUAGCAAUGCUGUGGCAAUGAUGCAGAAGAUCACGGCAACAGGGUGUGCUGUGACUGCUCUUAUAGCGGCUUUUGUCGGGGCGGAUCCUUCCGAUGCUCUAGACGCAGCAGCAUGUGCGCUCGCCAUCUUUGGACUUGCUGGAGAGAUUGGGAUGGAGUCGGCUAAAGGGCCUGCCUCUCUCAGGAUGCACCUCAUCGAUGCUCUCUACGGGCUCGACGAGCAGACAGUCACAUCAGGGGUCAAAAUUGCCCUAGUGCUGUAACCCAUGUCUACCGUGGCUACCAGUGUUUAGGAAAUAUAAUGUCUCAGGGUGAUCUGCAGGGUCCUGGAAAAUCAUGAAGCGUAUCAGAUCGUAUUGGCUGUUGCCAUCCAUAUGGACAUGCCCCCAUGAAUAAAUUGCCUGGUGACCAUCCAUCCACAUCCAGGCUGUACUAACUACCAAGUACUCCCUCCGUCCGAAAAAGCUCUAGAUACAUCCAUUUGAGGGACAAGCUUUUUCGGACGGAGGGAGUACAUAUUUGUGAAUGCUGAUGCCAAAAAGGUUUUGCACUGUUGUGUGAUAGCACGGCUGUAGAAGCAAGGGUAAAGUCACUCCGAUCAUUUGUUCAGAGUUUUGAAGUAAAUUGUAAAAGUAAAUUCAUCAUCCAGAUCAGUUGAUCCAGCAGGCAUAUCUGCUAUAUGAAACUGGAGAUUGAUCAAGAAGUCUCUUCAACAUAAACUGUAUUCGGAUUUUGGUGCUCUUUGGCUGCAGCAGAGCGAGCUGAACGGCUGUCGCCAUGGGGCUGGGGUCUGGGUGGCAUGUGCUUGUGCAGUGUGUAUGCUUACAUCCUCUGUCUAUUCCUCAACUGAGAUACAUGUGUUGAUUGGAUCAUGCUAUGUAACAAAGCUGAUCAUGGAGAUGUAAUCAAUCACAUUGAACUCAAACAUGUUGGAAUAUUGACUAGUGGGUGAGAGA